AUGAAGGACUUGAGCGAGAAUAGCGGGGCAUGGUGGGAGGCCGUCCUUCGAACGGUCGAGGGCUCGUACUCCAAGUGGCUUGGGGCUACGCAGUUGGAGCGGCUGACGAUUCAGCCAGAGGAUGCCGACUACGCAGUGAAAGGGAGGUGGACGCGGGUGAAUGCACGCGCGUGCCAGCUGCUGCUCAACGCUGUCCCGGAGGUGGUUCGCUCGGACUUGAUCGCGAGGAGGGCAACGCAGGACGUAACUCAGCUGGUGUUCCGGUUGUUCGUGCUGUACCAGCCGGGGGGGUCUUCCGAAAGGGGACACACUUUGGCGCAACUCCAAUCUCCACCUCACGGGACGAAUGUCGCGGAGACUCUGGAAAUCCUGCGUGGAUGGCCUCGACAUCUACGACGGUGCCAACAGCUUGGAAUGAGUGCUCCAGACCCAACAGUCCUGGCGAAAGGGUUGGACAUGGCUACGGCGAAGGUCAUCACUGGAAACCCGGAUGCUCAUUUCAGGACGCAGCUGCUACGCACUUCUUUGCGUUUGGACGCGAAGCCCACCCUACGCCAGGUGGAGGAUUACCAACGGCACCUGCAGGCGGAGGUGGAACAGAUGGCAGCGGCUGGCGGGAGCGACAGGGCACCUAUGGCUUUGGCGGAUACCGGCGCUACCCAUUCCCUACGUCAUCCGCAUUCGCAGGAGGAGUGGGAUCAAAGCAUGUGGGUUAAUGUGGUCUUAGCCGGCGGUGAGCAAGUUCAGAUGAAGAUGAAUAACGCCGGCACGCUGCUUUUUGGAGCGGACGGAACUGCCAGGGAGACCACAACGAAUGCCAUCGUCCCAGUGGGUGAGCUGGUGAAGACCCUGGGGUAUCGAUUCGAGUGGGGGCCUGCGAGCUGCCAUUUGGUGGGCCCAGAUGGGACCAUUGUGCGGCUUUCGACCAAAGAAGGGUGCCCGCACAUCUCGGAGGCCAGGGCUUUGGAGCUCAUCUCGAAGAUCGAGAAGAAGAAGCUGGACCAGUUCACCGAGAAUGUCAAGGGCACAGAGGCCAGGGUUCAGGCGAUGGCGAGGACGCUGGAUAAGUCGUGGUUCGACUACCUGGGCGAGGCUUGCUAUGGGCAUUCAGGCCAAGAGAUCCUGAAGAAGCUGACAUUCCUCAACCGGAGGCAGCGGCGACGCUUGUGGUCAUCGAAGAGCUGGGUGGUUCAUCUCUUUGCUGGAAAGACGAAGAAGGAGGCAUUCAGCUGGUUGAACGAUGGCGACAGGGUCCUCCUGGAGCUGGACAUUGCGAGGUCCCAAGGCCACAACCUAUUGGACCAGGACUUGUGGCGGGCUUUGUCAUGGGCGGCGUCGCAAGGCAAGAUUGCAGCAGUCAUCGGAGGGCCGCCGUGCAGAACAUUCAGUCGACUUCGUUUUCGGGAGCCAGGGCCAUCGCCAGUACGUUCUCGGGCAAACCCGUAUGGGUGGCCGGACCAGUCACCCAGUGAAAGAUUGCAGGUGACCCGGGAUACCAAGCUGUUCGUUCGCAUGCUUUGGCUCCAUGCAAAAUCGACGGCAGGGAGGUUGCAAAGUUUGGGCCGGAGAAUGUCAGCAUCGACGGUGGCGUUUGUUCUGGAGCAGCCCCAAGACCCCCAUGAGUACUUGCCGAGCACGACCCCAAACUGGAGUGAGUUGCCAUCAUUCUGGGAUACCGAAAUGUGGAAGAGGUACGCAGCGGAGGCAGGACUCACGGAGGUCAGCUUCGAGCAGGGCGCCUAUGGUCACAAAGCCAUCAAGCCGACGACGCUGGGAACGAACAUGAUGUCUCUGGCGUUGCUUCGAGGAGCGAAAACCAAAGGGGUCCUCGAGCCUUUCGACGGCCCAUCCGAAGCUCUGGCGGCGUGGGCUCCAGGCCUAUGCGCAGCGAUAUCUCUGGCCUUGAAGGAAUGGUUGGUGACCCCGGCAUUGACGGCUAUGACGGUGGGCCAAUGGAAGGAGCACGUGGCUCGGGGCCAUUUGCCUCCUCGUCGGGACUGCUUGUACUGCAGCAUGUUCGGGGCCAGUGGAAGACCGCAUCGCCGAGUGAGCCAUCCGGAGAUGUUCACGUUAACAUCCGACCUUUCUGGCCCGCAUGAAGCAGGAUUGGACCACAACGCCCGAAGCCCCUUCUACAAGCAGUUCAAAAACCUGUUGGUGUGCAAGUACCGAUUUCCAGCGUCGUUUGCCAAUGGGACCUGGGAAGAGACUGCUGAGGAUGGGGAGGUAGUCGAUGAGAACACCAGCCCGUUCGACGAGGGUGACCAAUUGGAGAAGGAGUUGGAGCCAUAUAGCCCUUCUGAACCUGAGGACCAAGAGCAAGAUGAGCGAAACGCCCAUGUGGGUGCAGGUGUGAGUGAUGGUGAUGGUGAGUUGGAGGAGGAUUGUGAAGCUGAGGAAAGUGGAAAGAGGGUGCAAAACCCUCAGAUGGCGGAAGGGGACACCAAACCUCCAGAAUCCACCUACUUGGUCUUCGCCACGCCCUUGGUUUCCGGAACCUCAGCUGAGAUCUUGGAAGCUCUGCAGGACAUCCUCACAUAUCUUCGCCAUCACAAUCUACCUGUCCUACGACACCACUCUGACAAGGCCUCUGCGUUUCAAGGAAGGAUGAUCCGCUCCUACCUGAAGAACCAGUCGAUCAGGGUGACGACAUCGGAGCCGGGAGUGCCUCAGUCUAAUGGUUCGGUGGAGCAGACGGUCAGGUGGGUGAAGCAAAGGACAAGGACGCUGCUUGGGGCUUCAGGGCUGCCGAAGAAGUUGUGGCCGCAGGCGGCUGCAGCGGCGGCUGCCAUGCAACGGGCGGACGUUCUGGGCUUCAUGACAAAGUUGAUGGCGCCGUUUGGGGCGAAGGUCAUGGUGAAGAAGCGGCACUACGACUACGACCUCAAAGAAAAAUCGAAGGCAAAGGACUCCUUUGGCGCGAAGUGGGAGGAAGCGAGGUACGUGGGCUUGUCUGACUAUGUCCAGGGUGGCCAUCUGGUGUUUAACGAGGCGAGAAACUCAUUCAUCCACACCACCAAUGUUCGAGUUGGGCUACAUGAUCCUGGUUUUCCCAGUGACGUCCUCGAAGCAUUGAUGAACGGCGCCUACAUCGUGAUUCGCAAAACCAUCCUCUCACAAAGAACUACGCGGUGGUCAUCAAGCCUCCGAAAUCUGGUGGAAGCUUGUGGGUCGAACUGCAAGAUGGAGAUACAGUGCGAGGGCCGAUUGUGGCCGCCUCUGACAACAAAGGAACUUACUUCGGUUGCGCCCAUCCCAUGCCGGACAGACAAGUACGACGAGUAG